UACCUACCUUUGAUGAUCAAAUCACUUAAACACAAAGUCCAUCCUCCUGUCCUUUUGGAUUAAGCACUUCAUGGCGGGGUCAUGCAGUUGAUCCUUUGCCACUCCAGUUUAUCAUUGUAACUCAAUCUUGAAAAUGACUCUGUUAAUAAUUUUGCAAACAAUGUCAUCACUAUCACUGAAGUGAGCUAUCAUAUUUACAACCCACUGUGGACCAAUCGGCCUCCGUCACUACAAGGAAGGUGGUUAAAAGCAGCAGUCUAUUGAUUCUGUUUUCAUAAGAGCGUUUUCUCCAAAUGCUGAAGCAGGAGGACCGUACUGACCGACUUUGAUUUACACACUGCUUGACACAGCAGGACAACUUAAGAUUCAUGCUGGACAUUACUUUCUCAUUAUAUUUCAGCCAUGAGGCUUCUCUGUCUACUGCAGCUGCUCUGCUUGGCUGGUUGUAGUGCAUCCAGAUCAAGAGACUGGGCUUAUCAUGGUGCCCCCAUGUAUGCCGACCUCACAGCACGCGAGCUGAAAGCUGUCCGGGACUACCUGCACGGUAUUCCAGAGCUGGAGCUCACUGAAGCUCGUAGCAAGACUCUGAUGAAGAACAGCAUCCUCCUGAUCGAACUACAUCUGCCUAGGAAGCAUGAAGCCCUCAGAGCUCUGGACCGUGGUCAGGCCAAACCCCAACGUCAAGCCCGUGUGAUCAUCCAGUUCGGGAACAAGACCGAACCCAACAUCACUGAGUACAUUGUCAGUCCUCUGCCAUCCCCAAAGACCCACACAAUCAAGACGUUCAAGGGGGCUAGGCCUAUCCGCUUUGAGUCAAGGCCUAUUUCCGCUGUAGAGUAUGAUCAUAUUAAGGACAUACUAGGAAAGAUAGCAAAUACAGCUCACAAGCUUCUAUUUGAGACCACUGGAGGGUUUUCCUUCAAUAACUGCUCAAACCGCUGCUUGACGUUCUCUGACAUAGCUCCCCGUGGGCUUGGUCCAGGUGAAAGGAGAAGCUGGAUAAUGUUGCAGAAAUUUGUGGAGGGUUAUUUCAUCCACCCAAUUGGGUUUGAGGUAUUGAUAAACCACCAGGACCUGGACCCAGAGAAGUGGAAUGUCGAGAAGGUCUGGUAUAACAGCAUGUUCUUUGACAGUGUUGAGGAACUGAUUGAAAAAUACGAAUCAGGAGAUGUGGAGAAGAUCAAACUGCCUGAACAUGACGACAAUGACCUGUACUCUAGUUACAUCCCCCGGGGUCACAGCAACACAGCCACUAAUAUCCAUGGGCCGAAGCUUGUCGAGCCUCAGGGCAAGCGCUAUCACGUUGACCGCAACUUUGUUGAGUAUGCUGGAUGGUCUUUCGCCUACCGAGUCCGAUCAUCGGCUGGACUUCAAGUUUUUGACCUGCGUUUUAAUGGGGAAAGGAUUGCCUAUGAGAUCAGCCUACAAGAAGCUAUUGCCUUCUAUUCUGGUGAUACUCCUGCUGCCAUGCAAACAAAGUACAUUGAUGCCGGCUGGGCAAUGGGCAGCUCAUCCUACGAACUGGCGCCAGGAAUAGACUGUCCAGAAAUUGCCACCUUUGUUGACCUGUACCACUACUAUGACACGGAUAAACCAGUGCGCUACAAAAAUGCACUCUGUAUUUUUGAGAUGACCACUGCUAUGCCUUUGAGGAGGCAUUUUGACUCCAACUUCAAGGGGGGAUACAACUUCUUUGGAGGGGUGGAUAACGCUGUGCUGGUGUUGCGGACGACCGCAACGGUUUACAACUAUGAUUACAUCUGGGACUUCGUGUUCUACCAGAAUGGGGUGGUGGAGGUAAAGGUCAGCGCUACCGGAUACAUCCAUGCCACUUUCUUUACAGCUAACGGCCUUCACUAUGGCGCCAAGGUGUACAACCAUGUGCUUGGUAACCUGCACACACACCUCAUCCAUUAUAAGGUUGACCUAGAUAUUGCUGGUCGAGAGAACAGCUUUGAGACGAUUGAUUUGAAAUAUGUCAACUUCACAAAUCCCUGGAGUCCAAAGAACUUCAUCGUCCAGUCCAAACUCCAUAGGACAGAGCAGAAGACCGAGAGAUCAGCUGCUUUCCGCUUUGGCAAAAAAUUCCCCCGCUAUGUGCACUUUUACAAUCCCAACGAGAAAAAUAAAUGGGGACACCAGAAGGGUUAUCGGAUUCAGUUUAACUCACAUGCCCACAGUGUGCUUCCAAGAGGCUGGAGGGAGGAAAAUGGCAUCAGUUGGUCAAGGUAUCCUCUUGCUGUGACUCGUCAUAAAGACAGUGAAGCCACCAGCAGCAGCAUGUACACCCAGGGUGACCCAUGGGACCCCGUUGUGUCCUUUGAGGACUACAUUCGCAACAAUGAAGACAUAGUAAAUCAGGACCUGGUAGCCUGGGUGACAGUAGGCUUCCUGCAUGUGCCUCACUCAGAAGACAUCCCCAACACGGCAACCCCCGGCAACACAGUGGGCUUUUUCCUCCGACCGUUCAAUUUCUUUGACGAAGAUCCUUCGGUGGCAUCCAGAAGUACCGUCAUCGUCCGGCAGGGAAAGGACGGCAAGCCCAAAGUCCAGAGGUGGACUCCUGAGGUCAUAGGUCACUGCGUGUCAGACAAGCCCUUUGUUUACAAUGGCACUUAUGCAGGAGUCUAGGUGUUUUUUUUGUUGUUUUUUUUUACUCAAACUUACUUUUUCUCUGUUUUAGUAAAUCACACAAUGAGGAUCUAAGAUUAACAACACUUGAAUUGCAUAAUGGUCAGAUAUACUCUAAAUAAUGUAUUACAAAAAUAAAGCAUUUCAAAAAGGGAAAAA